AUGUUUCUUCCUACAACAAAGAAUAGACUCUCUAAGGCACUAGCAAAACAAAUUAAAGGACAAUUUACAACAGACUUAUCUAUACUAUUAGGAAAAGAAGAUGUCCUGGAGACAAUAAAGACAGAAGAGAAGGAGCAGUUUAUAUUACGUAAUAAUACGCCUAUAUUUAAAGUGUCUGGGACUGCAUACAUUCCCUUGUUGAAAUGUGUUCAUAUUGUACCAGAUAUAUUGCCUAAGGUAGUUGUAGAUGCAGGUGCCAUAAAGUACUUGAUAAAUGGGGCUGAUCUUAUGGCUCCUGGCUUAUUACACUCUACAUCCACAUAUCCUGCUGUUUCAGUUGGGGAUAUAGUUGGAAUAUAUGGUUAUGGAAAAAUAAAUGCACUUGGUGUUGGUGUAGUAGCCAUGGAUAAUGAAGAAGUGAAUACUCAAAGGACAGGGAUUGCCAUUAAAAUAAUCAACAGAUUAGGGGAUAAGAUAUACUCGUAUGCAUAG